AUGGUCUACAAGAAGAACGACCUCCCUUAUAUCCGCCGCUUCAUCACAACCCACAACUCCGAGGGUGAGGCGAUAUUUCUUUCCCAUGCCCAAAUCCCCGACUACCUUCCCUCAACUCCAGCCGGUGACGAUGGCGAGAUAGCCCUAUUGUACGCUACAACCAGUGACCCGGCCUCAGUGGACGCCGAAGCCGAUGUCGCCAUGUAUGACGAGUUCCUCCACCAACCUCCUGGUAUAACCGUCGAUGAAGGAACUGUUUUCCGAUUGAUAGAUCUUCAUCCUGGGAAAGCCACGCCGAUGCAUCGUACCGUGAGCCUUGAUUAUGGGGUCAUCAUUGAGGGCGAGGUUGAUCUUGUUCUGGAUUCUGGUGCUAGUCGACGCAUGCACCGUGGUGAUGUCAGUGUGCAGCGUGGAACAGCACAUUCCUAUCGCAAUCGAAGUCACACUGAGUGGUGUCGCAUGUUAUUUGUGUUUUUGCCGAUGCAGAAGUUGUCCAUUCAGGGAAAGGACUUGGAGGCCGAGGUUUAUGAUGAAGGGUAUGAGGAUGCGGAGAGGGAGCAAAAUAGUCAGGACGGCGAUCAGGCUACAUAG